UUUUCAUGUAUGUAAAAUAACAUUAACAGACAUUAAUUUUACAUUACUGUCCCUACUGUGUUGUCAAUUCGGCUCAGCAGAACCCCGUAUUUGAAUGUUAGGACAUACAAGGCAACAAAUUGACAGUGUGCUUCUUCUAGAAUGGGCUUCAGAACUUUAUACACUGCCAAAAUAGGAUACUAAAGGAAACUGCUUGAUAGAACUGGACCCUCCCCGUUGCCAAAUAAUUGCAGUGUCAGUGACAAUGCAUCUGAUCCGAACGGUUCAGAAAGCACGCUUGCCAUUCCCUCACUGAAGCUGGAACCUGGACGAAACAGCGCCCCGGCAGCACUGUGCAUUCGGAACCAAAGCAAACAGCACCGUUCCGUCAGGUAACAUUGGGACUUUACUGCGCGGCACUGUGCUGCAAACAGGAAUGAAUAAAAUACCGCUUGGUAAAGUCACAGAUCUGGUGACUGGUAUACCGUUUGCAGGCGACAGGUCAGAUCUGCUCUAACUGUACAUAUACAGUGGAGUGCCCCAGGUAGCAGUUGAAUCAUGGGAGGUGCUGCUGUGGAUGACUGCCCCACCGGAGUGAAGGCCCCGGAUGGGGGGUGGGGAUGGGCGGUCCUCUGCGGUUGCUUUGUCAUCACAGGAUUCUCAUACGCCUUCCCCAAGGCGGUCAGUGUGUUCUUCAAGGAGCUCAUUCAAGAGUUCGGAGUAGGAUACAGUGACACCGCAUGGAUAUCCUCCAUUCUGCUGGCCAUGCUGUACGGGACAGGCCCCCUGUGCAGUGUCCUGGUGAACCGUUUUGGAUGCCGUCCUGUUAUGAUGGUAGGGGGGCUUUUCGCCUCUUUGGGAAUGAUUUUGGCAUCCUUUGCCACCAGCAUGAUUCAGAUCUACCUCACCACUGGUGUCAUUACCGGUUUGGGGCUGGCCCUUAACUUCCAGCCCUCGCUAAUCAUGUUGAACAGGUACUUUGACCAGAAGAGACCCCUGGCUAAUGGGCUGUCAGCGGCAGGAAGCCCUGUGUUUCUGUGCUGCCUGUCUCCAUUGGGGCAUGUUCUCCAGCAUGAGUUUGGCUGGCGUGGGGGCUUCCUCAUCCUGGGGGGAAUGCUGCUCAAUUGUUGUGCUUGCGGGGCCCUCAUGAGGCCACUGGAGCCCCCCGAGAAGCCGGUAGACCAGGAGGAGCAAUCCAGCAAGGUGGUUGAGAAGAAGCCGAAGAGAAAGCUGCUUGACUUUAUGGUCUUCAAAGACCGGGGCUUUUUGAUUUACGCAAUAGCGGCCUGCAUCAUGGUCCUGGGUCUCUUCGUGCCGCCAGUAUUUGUGGUCAGCUACGCCGUACACUUGGGUUAUGAGGACAACAAUGCUGCGUUCCUGCUCAGCAUCUUGGGAUUUGUUGAUCUCUUUGCCCGGCCCAUAUGCGGGAUCAUUGCCGGGCUCAAGUGGAUACGCCCACGCUGCGUCUACCUCUUUGCCUUUGCCAUGGUCUUCAAUGGAGUGACGGACUUGGUCGGAUCGAUGUCUGUGGACUACACACACCUGGUGAUCUUCUGCGUCUUCUUUGGUAUGUCCUACGGCAUGGUGGGAGCACUGCAAUUUGAGGUCCUCAUGGCCAUCGUGGGCACAAAGAAAUUCCCCAGUGCCAUUGGCCUGGUUCUGCUUAUGGAGGCUAUGGCUGUCUUGGUUGGACCACCUUCUGCAGGGAAGUUACGGGAUGCUACACAUAACUACAUGUUUGUGUUCAUGCUGGCUGGAGGUCAGGUGAUGCUGUCUGCCCUGGUUUUGGGCUUUGGGAACUACUUCUGCAUCAAGAAGAAACCAGAGGAGCCCAUGAAGGAGGUGGAUGCGAGUUCAACGGAGAUCGAGUUGCUCAGGAAGCGAGUGGAGUCCAGCUUGAUGCCCUCCAGCGAGGUGGAGCAGUUCCUGAAGGAAGAUACUGAAAAGAACGGCGAGGUGAAGGUGAACCCGGAGACAUGCGUGUGAACACACUGAGAGAAGGAGCAAGCUUGGGGAGGGGAAAAGACUUCAAAUAUUUGUAGAUUUUUAGGGGCGCUAUAGUUUUACAUUAGGGCUGUGCUAUAUUAAAACAACAAACAUUUAAAUCUUAACGGAAGGUCAACUGAAAAUACACUGGAUUUGGACUGUUAAUGUUGUAAGAACAAAUAUUUAACUGUUGAUCAGAACUCAUGUCCAUCAGUCACACCAACUAUAGAGAAUUUAAAUUUUGUGAUCAGUAAAAUGCUCAAGCUACUUCUGAAUUUCCACUGCAGCACCAGUAGAACCAAAUCAUUGCCAUGCCAUGCCACGACAAAACCACAUGGGACAAAUCUUUUAUAGCUUCAUCGUACCACCAGAGCACUGCCUUGAGUACGGUCUUACUGCUGCUCAUUUUGGGAGCAGUGGCACACACAAGUGCAGAUUUUUGUCUGUCUGGCAUCUUGCCUCUCUAGAGCCGCUAUAGCCGUGUACCUUGUCACCUGCCUGGAGGCCCAUAUAAAUGUGAGUGUUAUGCAAAGGGUCACCAAGAAAAGAUGGAGAAAAAAAUGAGUGGAUUGAUUUUGUUUGAAUCUGCAUCAUCUUUAGCGAUGAGAUGCUUCAAACUAUUCGCCACUUGUUGUGAGAUUCUUUUCAUGGAAACUGGAUUUGGAUAGCUUGCACUUUCCCAGCCCUCCUUGUGCCAGUUCAUUACCCGUUUUGUCUAGAGACGAGUUUGCUUUUACCUAUCGUUUUUUCUUGUGUGUCUUUUGUAACUAGUGUUUGACAAAGUAUUUUGAAUCUUUCACCCUCUAUGCUUUUUGUUUUAAAUCAUUGGUCCAAUUUCAAAAAUGUGUCGUUUUCAUUUUUUUAUUUUUGAAUUUCUCUCCCUUGGCAGUUAUUUGAACAUGAUCUGCUGUAAAUUGUCACACGCAUAUUCAUUAACUUGUCUCUUGUGAGAGAUAUUUUGGUUGCACAGAAAAUACUAAGAGGUGAAUUGCAUUCAAGAAAUGUACGAUCGAAUUUAGUAUGGCAAGCCACUCCCAGUUUCUGUUUUAAUGUUUCAUGAUUUUAAAACCCUGUUUCACCAAGUGAAAGGUAGUGUUUUAACUUCCAGGCUCGGUCAAACAAUGACGGUAUUGUAUGUUUACCAAUCCAGUUUGUAUUGAUUUGUUUCUAUAUGCAGUAUUAGAAAUUUAAAACCUGAAAUGGGAAAUUUGGUUGUUAAGGCUUGACUGAUUCAGUUAUAGAAUUUCUAAAAAGAAUAUAUUUUCCUGUCUAAGAGCAGAGACUAGAUAUCCGUGGGACUUGGGAAGUAAUACAAGGACACAACGAGGGAUAAAAUGCAUUUUAUUUUGCGGCAAAGCAUGGUCUCAUUCUUAUUCCAUUUUGUUUCUGGAAUAUAGGAACUGGAUACCUAUUUUAACUGCUGUGUUCAUUUUCACUGCUUUCAAAGACAAAUGACAAGCAGCUAUUUCACUUCUGAUGGGGGGGGUGGGUGGUGGCAUGAUCUUUAGUAUGUUCAUCCCAUUUUAAAACCUUCUGCCCAAUGGUGACAUCUGCUCGAAGGAUCAGGGAUGGACAAGUAAUGGCCAAGAUCCUCUCUAGUUAAAAGUGGCAAGCUGGAAUCCUGAACAGUAUUCUCUAUCGCACAGUGACUGGUGUCGAUCAGCCCUCUCCAGUCCACGUCUGUCUGUUUUAAGCUCCUUGUGCUGAACAAUAUGUUUGAACAGUGUGCAUUCAUCAAACUCCCCCUUGGCUGUCAGAAGAAUACUGAAAUGAACACCGUGAUGUUUUAAAGCUUACUUUUUAAACUGAUUUUAUUUAGUGAACAGUUUACUAUUUCAAUUUUCCCCUUUCCUUUCCCCUUAGCCUUCGCCACAGUUUCCUGCAGUUGAAAUCAAAACGGAAAUGUAAUUGUAAAGGAUGCUUAGUAGAUAGAAGUAAAAUACUCUGUCUUGAAAUGCAGAGGGAGGUUAUAUGUUAAGGAUACUGCAAAGAUUACCAAAGAUGUGCCCGUGCCCCACAAUACUUUUCUAUGCUGCUUUGCAUAUAUUAUUUGAUUUUGGCUUUCAUCCAGCCUGCAAUAAGCUCUGUCUGAUUUUUGGGGUAAAGCCAACGAGUCAAAGUAUGGUUUGCUUCUUGCGUAAGAAGUUUUUUUUUUUUUUUUUUUUUAAACACACCCUUUCUGUUGACCCCACUAUGCGGAACUGUUUCUUUCAGAUUAAAAAAAAAAAAAAAAAAAAAUCCCAGUGACACUGCAGUUUGCUUUGGCUUCCUGCUUGGUUUCUUUGGAAAGGAUUGUUUUUAUGGGGACUGCUCUUUGAAAGAUUCUAGAUAGAACAGCAAACAACUGGAUCUGUCCUGAGGUCUGUUUACAUUUCUGCAGACUCCAAGGGAGGUAUCCUAACAUUUCUCCAGAUGUGUAUAUAAAUAACACACGUGUGUGUGACUCCUAUGGUCCUAUAUUACUUGUAUCCAUACAUUCUAUAGAAUAUAGUCUGUACAUUUUAAACUUUUGUUACCAUUAUGAAACCAGGUGGGUCCUAAAAUUAUUAACAAGUGUGGUAUGACUUUUGUUUGUGAGCAGACAUGUGUCUAAUGAUUCUUCAUGUGGGGUAAACCUUCUGGGAUCACUGCUACAAAAAGCAAUAAAUGCAAGCUCAAAUGCUAGCAAGUUUUUCAUGUUAGAAAAAACAAACUUUGUACAUGAACAAAAUACAUAUAUGUGGGGGUGUUUUUUAAUUUAGACACUCUGUUUUUACAAGCGCAUUAACCACCCUUUUGGCCAGUAAAGAGUUAAUCAUUUCUGGACCCCUUCCCUUUGUUUUGAAGGGAGGAAUACUGUUGUGUGUUGUCAGAUUUUAACUGGUGUGUUUUUUAUUUUUUUCUACACUGUUCUGUGGAUGCACUUUACCAUCACCCCUGUACAGAACUGUAUUUUUAAUACAUGCUUUUAUAGUGACCUGUUACAAGUGAAAUAAAUAUUUAUUCUGUU